CUAUUAUCUACGGUUCAACGGUGGCAUUGUCAACAUGACUAACAAUGUGUAUACUCUGAAUCGUUAUCCCGGUAUAUCUCCUAUAAGUUCAUAAUGUGAGAGAGCCAUGAGCACGAGAGGGAUUUUACAGAGAGAGAGAGAGUUGGGGAAAAACGGAAAAACAGACGGUAAAGAGCGAUUGGAUACUGAAAUAGCACUUUAGUAUCGACGAACAUGCAAAGUAAGAGGAUAUGGUCCGAGCUAUCGCCAAGACCAAUUUGUCGUAACCAGGCAGAGGAAGGUGUUGUAUAAUCGGUUUUCCUGACGGUGGUGUGCUCCCGGGUGAUAGAACGAAUGCUGCCCCAGUGACCCUGAUGCGUGUAUCGAUUUUCCACAAGUUACCUAUCAAACGACCGAUCGUCUACAUUGUUCGAGCGGAACUCCGAAAAAAAAGUGUAUCUGUGCGGACAAAGUCCUAUGAGAUGCUGAUUGUUUUGUAUUAAUCAUCUGCCUGCUUAUCAGACACAUCAUCCCCCUCUUACCAAAGCACACAGCUCGCGAAAUUAAUCAUUGUAUUCAAUCAAUAAUAGCAAAAGUACAGAGUGCUGUAUGUAGGCAUAAAUAAUCUAAAAGUAGUGCAAAUUGUCGACUCAGGAGUAUUUCAUACCGAAGCGAGACUUGGAAAGUGGAGCAUCCUGCCUAUUGAUUAUCACAUAACCGUCGAAACGAUCAGAGAUUGUUCUGGUAAAGAUUCCACCUCUCCCGAGUCCCCCUCCGCCCCUUUCGAAGCUAGUUGUAGUGAGAACGAGAAAGUAGGAAAAGUUCAGUUGCAUUUUCUGAGUUAUAUAACAGCUGAUUGAAGCAAAGGCAAAAAAGAACCCUCUUGUGACCGAGUCGAAAGAGGCCAAAAGGCAAAAUACCAACGCGGUGGGGAAAAACGCAUAUCCCGAUCGGGUGGUGCCAACGUAAAUCACUCUAUACAAUAGUGGAGAACCAGUGGAAAAUUUCCACCAUAAGAAAUUAAUACAAAAGGUACAAUUUUGGCAAUGUGCUUGGAGCUAAGCCAUGUGAAGUGACGGCGAUUAGAUGUAGAAAAGCGUGGUACAAAAAAAACAUCACGAGGCACGUGAGUUCUCAUAACACAGACAUACGCGCGCGAAGGCGACAACGGUAGCGGAGGCGACACCGAUUAUGCAACGGCGGCGAAGACAGGAGUGCAGAAGCUUCUUUAAAUAAGGAAACAUUCGAACAUCGGGCCGCCUGAAUAAUCGGACGUGUGUGGUUGUAUGUGUGGUUCAGGGAAAAAAUAGUUGUUCAGACUAAGUGGCUCGUAAUACUUGUGUUUUCGCUAGCCGAAUGUUUUUCUUCGAUUGAAUAGGUCAAAGAAGAUUUGUCGCGCCCUUAGUGGACAGUUUGGUGAAUACCAGCCAAUUGAUCGGCUAGGAAGAAGAUCCAUCGCAGCCGAAAGUGCGUUCAAGUGAUCCAGUUCCAACGACGGCAGCGGUAAAAUUAUCUCCAACAAUCACUCCCAAUGGCGAAGGGAGCCAAGAAGAAAACGAAAUGGGUGUCCCUUUCGCUAGCUAGUGCCACCGCCAGCGUUCCACCCUCCGAACACGAAGCCGCAUCUGAAUCAUCUCGAGGGACCAAAAAACCUACUUACAGUAGGGUAAACUCGUGUUCGGAGAGCACUGUUUCCAAUAUAGAACGGAAAUCGGCAUGGAACACCAACGGAUAUUCCCGAAGUCAGAGUACGGAGGGGUACAAUGGUCAAACUUACCCCAACGGAUAUCAAACUCACCCUUCGAGAAACUAUCCGGCUCAUUUUAAAAGUCAUUAUAAUAGGAGUAGUUAUUAUCACAACGGUUGUAGGAGGCCCCAUUAUAAUAGCUAUCAUGAUAGAAAUAGAUCCAAUAACGCUAACGAACCCUAUAGCGAACAAAAUAGUGCUGUGAUCAUUAACGAUGAAUAUACGAAAAUUACUACUCCACGACAAGAUGUUUUGUUUAAAAAAGGUUACCUAUCCAGACCGAAAAAGUACACAACGACACCAACGAACACGAAUGAGAGUGGAACCGCAACGGGAAACAGUUCCGUGAACGGUGCAACGACUGAUGGAAGUGAGGCAGCUAUUGGAAGUGGAACGGUGUCCACCGCCGAAUCGGUUACGUCCGAUUCAACCUAUCUCACCGAUGGCCACCUGCUCGACUAUCCCGCACCGUUGCCGUACUUUGGCUACAUUGACCAGAGUGGAGUGCUAGUCAUGAAUGGCUUCGCCGUAGAUAACAGCGGAUUCUCUUAUAUGAAUGGCGGGCAGACGUACAUCUAUCCUCCGAAUUACCACUGCCCCUCUUCGUCGUUCAACGAGGGUGGCCCAACUGAGAACGCCGAUGAACUGGACCCUGCAGCGUCGAUCUGCGACCCAAACCAAGCCACUGAAUUACUGGACGGUGUCUCGGAAACCGCACCCACUAUCAAUGGGCUGGAAGCUUUGGAAUCUGAUGCUAGGUUUAACGGAAUUCCCGAGGAGACAGUCGAAGGGUUGGUGAACGGGAAUGAUGGCGAGGAUUCGAACCAACAAGUGCCACAGCAGCAGUCGAUGCUUUCGCCACUAGACGGCAGUUACGAUUAUGCUCAAUUUUAUAAUGCUUUAUACUAUCCUGGCUGCAUGGUGGCUCCGUUCCCGGUGUUAGGAAAUGAAAUGUAUUACGAUCAGUUCGGUGGAGUGAGCGAGGAAGAGCAGGCCAGACAGCAGAGCUUCAGGAAACGGAAGAAACGCUACAGAAAUUGGGAUGAGUACCCACCUACUUUUUACCCAGAUGGGACAGUGGACACAAUGUAUCAAUACCCCCAAGUCUCAUGUUUCUCGGACAAUGGAAUAUCCGAACCCACUGAAGUGCCUGCCGACGUUUCGGUUUCCGAACCCAACCCGAGCGAUAGAACGGUGACUACUCUUCCACCAAUCACAGAGAAUGUCGAUACCACCAAUCAAAAUUCAAGCGAGCUUCCUUCUAGUCAUCAAACAGAACCACGUGCGUCAUCAUCGCGAUCUUCUCAUCCUCCAAACACCCAAAAAGUCGAAGAUAGCUCUAAUUCUAUUACGGUUUGCCAACCUUCGGGAAAACCGAGAUCUCACGUUCAGAAAACUCGCAAAAAGGAUCUUAUCGAAAUGACUCGCGCCUUCGCCGAGCAAAACAUAGAUCUCACAAGACCUGUUAGUUUAUACAAAUCCUCGGACGAGAAAGCUAGUGAAACCAAUGAAUGGAAAACUGUCCGCAAUGGGAAGGAGAUCACGAUCAAGGAAGAUCGCCAGGUCGAGUCAAAGAGCACAAUCAAGAAAAACAAGGAAGAGUCGGAACCAGUUGCUAAUGAAAAACUAUUCUUCGACGAUUGCAAGCCAGACCAAACGAUUGCGACCGGGGUUUCUGACGAAACCAAGCGCGGUAAGAAAGAUGUGGCUUCGAAAAAGGGUAAAAAGACUGCCAAAGCAAAGGGGAAGAAGCAAAAGAAGCCGGGAUCCUCGGCCCAGCAUACAGGAUUCGAAGUAAUCGAACCGGAAUUCUUUUCCAAAACCAAAAUCGAAGAACCACCUGUGUCCUACCAUGAGAAAGUAGAUGCAGAUGAUGAAGAAGAUCAAGCGUCAAAUAAUAAUGAACAUGAAGCAGUACAAAUUUCAAACUCGAAUGAAUCCGAAUCGAUCGAUUCGAUGUUGGUUAUUGAGCAAAGUAUGGAAGAAGAUGGUGCUGAUGAUGAUGACGAGCAAUGUCUCGAAAAUGAUCUCCAAGGUAUUCAGUUGUCCGACUUGCAAAUUGAAGAGUGCUGUCCAGAAAGUGAAGAGUGCCAUCAAAAUGAAGAGGAAGUAAAACAAAGCAUUGGUUCUGAGAGUCAAGAGUCUGAAAUUUUAAGUGUUUCAGAGCAACUGAUCAUACAAAAUUCAACACCAGACGUUGAGGCGAAUGUAGAAAUGCAUAUAAAUGUUGAAGUGCAUGAGGUUCCCCCCUUAGACUCGACGGAAGCCAAUGAAGCGGAUGGAUCUGCAACAACUUCCAACCAGGCAAAUACAGAAGACAUAGAUCUGAUUGAAACAAAAUUGAUGGUAGAUUGUAAUCUUCCCUUACAUCCUACAGAAUCAACUUCCGUUACUCAGUUGGACGAGUUCGAAGUAGAAGUCGAAGAAGAGGAACAGAAAUGCAAGCAUUUUUCUAGCGAUCAAUACUCGGAAGAUUUCGACUCUGGUGUUCAAAGCCCAGCAGCGUUCACAAAUUCCAGCAGUGACAGUAAAGAUCGUAAAUUUUCAGCUAGUUCCACUGGCAGUCAGGACAUUCAUUUGACCGAUGCAGUCACCAGGUGGCUCUCUGAAACUUUGAACAAUAAGAAGUUGGAGGAAAUGUUUGUUCUCCCUGAAAACCCGUUACUUCUGCACCGAAUCUAUUCGUACAAUUACAAUGUUCUGAACGGUGACGAUACGCUUGUGUUGUCCUCGGAUACUUACAGCAGCAGCAGUGAGGAUGAAGUUGAUGACAGUGUCGACAGUGAUUAUAUGAGCGAUGUGCAGGUGAAGAACCGAGAACAGAACGGUGGUCCCGAAGGACAGCAAAAGACAGAACUCAAGAAAGACCAGCUUGCUAAGCAGACUGCGAAUGGCCACUGCCUGCUGAAGGGAGGUGACCAUUCUAAUCAUAAGCAAAAACGCUGUAUUAUUAUGUAAUGCCUUACGCUACAAAAUCAUUUCACACGAAUAAAAAAAACGCGCAAAAAUACUACUUAAAAAUAUUGCAUACUACUUAACAUUUAGGAAAAAUCUAUCAUAUUUCGUAAGCCUGGUUAAGUUCCCAUUUUCUGUUUGUAUGAGUUCGUUCUACACUAUUUGAAUUUAAACAUAAUGGAAUAAAGUGAAAUUACAAAACUACAA